AUGCGUUGCUUUCCGUCUUCUUUUUCUCCGGGAGCAAAUGAUGCCAUCUCGAGGGUUGCGGACGGUGGACCUGGCAGCUGGCGUGGUUUACUGGGAAGGUGCAUGUUCGCUGGGCAAGGGAAAUUAGCUGGUUCUGGAGCCGUCGACCGUCACUCUGGAUACGAGAGGGAGCGGACGGACCUUCUGGUGUCCCCGGCAAAACGAAGCGAAUUCGCGAACCCCGUUUAUGAGGCACAUUGCUCCACGGGCCCGAGGGAGAGGGAGAGGAGCGAGGGCAUGCCGCACAGCAGUGAGGCACGGCCGGUGCAGGGACUUGUUGAAGGGUGGCCUGCCGGGAUACACAGCAGGAUUGAAUUUUUUUGA